AUGGAGUCGCAGAGCAAUUAUCAGAUGAAGGCGGUCAAUGGAGAUUUCGGAUACGUACUGGAAGAUGUUCCUCAUUUGACUGAUUACAUAGCCGAUCUUCCUACUUAUCCCAAUCCAUUACGAUCCAAUUCUGCAUAUUCCGUUGUUAAGCAGUAUUUUGUUCACGUGGAUGAUUCUGUCCCUCAAAAGAUUGUUGUUCACAGGGACACUCCAAGAGGGGUACAUUUUCGACGUGCAGGACCACGUCAAAAGGUUUAUUUUUCUUCAGAUGAAGUGCAAGCUUGUAUUGUAACAUGUGGCGGUUUGUGUCCUGGGAUAAAUACAGUGAUCAGGGAGAUUGUACACAGCCUUGAUUAUAUGUAUGGUGUUAAGGACGUCCUUGGAAUUGAUGGAGGUUUCAGGGGUUUCUAUUCUAAGAAUACUGUUACUUUAACGCCAAAAACUACAAAUGACAUACAUAAACGUGGUGGGACAAUCCUGGGAACAUCUCGAGGUGGCCAUGAUACCAUGAAGAUAGUUGACAGUAUUCAGGACCGUGGAAUUAAUCAGGUUUAUAUAAUUGGAGGCGAUGGAACUCAGAAAGGAGCAGCUGUAAUUUAUGAGGAAAUUAGAAGGCGUAAUUUGAAAGUUGCUGUUGCUGGCAUUCCCAAAACAAUUGAUAAUGACAUUCCGGUUAUUGACAAGUCAUUUGGUUUCGAUACUGCUGUAGAGGAGGCUCAACGUGCCAUCAAUGCUGCACAUGUUGAAGCUCAAAGUGCAGAGAAUGGCAUUGGUGUUGUGAAAUUGAUGGGUCGCUACAGUGGAUAUAUCGCAAUGUAUGCUACUCUGGCUAGCCGAGAUGUGGACUGCUGUUUGAUUCCAGAAUCUCCCUUCUAUCUUAAAGGAAAAGGUGGACUUUUUGAAUACACAGAGAAAAAGCUCAAAGAAAAUGGCCACAUGGUUAUUGUGAUAGCUGAAGGAGCAGGACAGGAACUUCUAGCAGCAGAAUGCCAGAAUGCAAAAAAUGAACAAGAUGCUUCAGGGAACAAGCUACUUGAAGAUGUUGGCUUCUGGCUUUCUGAGAGAAUCAAGGGUCAUUUUGCAAAGCUACAAAAAAUGCCCAUUACACUUAAAUAUAUAGAUCCAACUUACAUGAUUCGUGCUAUUCCAAGCAAUGCAUCUGAUAAUGUAAACUGCACACUCCUUGCUCAAAGUGCUGUUCAUGGAGCAAUGGCGGGGUAUACAGGCUUCACUGUUGGGCUUGUCAAUGGUCGGCAUACAUACAUUCCUUUCAAUCGCAUCAAUGAACGGCGAAACAAGGUUGUCAUAACCGACAGGAUGUGGGCAAGGCUUCUGUCUUCUACCAGUCAACCGAGUUUCUUGGGACCUAAAGAUGCCGAAAAGGCCGAAACUGAGCAAGUGCCUCUAACUCCAAUGGUGGAUGAUGGGGAGAAUCAUGAAGGUGAGAAAACGGGAAACUAA